AAAAAUCAUGGGGGCAUAAGAUGGUACAAUGUAUCAUACAUGGUCACACACAGACACACAUGUACAUGAUACAAAUGCGUCUAUAUACACAACUGUGUCUAUAUAUACAUACAAACACAAAGCCUUCACAUCCCCAGCUAUCUCUAUCCAUCUAUCUACAAAUAUAUAUUUUUAAAAAAACACACAAUGUUCAUAUCUUAUUAUAUUGUUAUUAUUAUAAAAUAAAAGAUGAUCAUACUUUUUAAAUUUCUCAAACAAAACCAACUUGACAACCGACAGCGAACAAGAUCAAAAAGCUAGCUCUCUUCUUUUCUCAUCAAACUUAAUUCUCUCUCGAUCGCAAUAUAUACGAUUCCAUAAAUUCUCCCAAAAACAAAUUCAGAGAUUCCAGAGAGAGACCGAGAGGAGAGAUCAUGAGGUCACCGGUGCAACUCCAACACGGCUCAGACGCCACAAACGGCUUCCACACGCUGCAGCCUCGCGAUCAGAACGAUGGUCCGAUCAGGAGAGUGUGUCUCACGCGCGGUAUGCAUGUCCCGGAGCACGUUGCGAUGCACCACACACAUGACGUUGGUCCGGACCAGUGUUGCUCUUCGGUGGUGCAGAUGAUACACGCGCCGCCGGAGUCUGUGUGGGCUCUCGUGCGACGGUUUGAUAACCCGAAGGUUUACAAGAACUUCAUCAGACAGUGCCGUAUCGUCCAAGGCGAUGGACUACACGUCGGCGAUCUCCGGGAGGUCAUGGUGGUCUCUGGACUUCCGGCGGUCUCGAGCACCGAGAGACUCGAGAUCUUGGACGAGGAGCGUCACGUGAUAAGCUUUAGUGUCGUUGGUGGGGACCACAGGCUCAAGAACUACCGAUCGGUGACGACACUACACGCGGCGGACGAUGAAGGGACCGUCGUGGUGGAGUCUUACAUCGUCGAUGUGCCGCCGGGAAACACGGAGGAGGAAACUCUAAGCUUCGUUGAUACUAUUGUCCGGUGCAACCUUCAGUCUCUGGCUAGAAGUACCAACCGGCAAUAAUCUCAACUUUUAUUAUAUAAUUGCAAUUAUGUAUCUAAUUUUUUUUUGUACUUAUUUCUUUUAGAUGUUCGAUCUUUACAAGGAAGAAAAUUUCGAGUACCUUUUCUUUCUUUUUUAAAAUAGAUAUAUUGGUUUAGAAAGAAUUGGAAUUUAAUGGGAUUUCUUUGGGAGAUUUAUGUUGGAAAGUAAAUAUAUAUCGAGAUAUUGUUGGGUUUUUUUUCACAAAAAGAUGGAUAUGGAGGGUGGUAGUAGUGCUAGUACUGGUACAUAAAACAUUUUAAGGUGAAUC